ACCAAGGCAUUCAUUCAGCAGCAUACACGCCAUCUGCUGCCAAAAACUUGGCAGCUAUAAUUUUUUGGUUCUCCGUUGCUUCUUGCCAGACGCACCGCGUGUGUCUUCUGGCUUUAUCACCUCGCCAACUUAUUUUUGGUUUACAAAAAAAAAAAGGAGAGAGGAAAAAAAAAAAACUCCAUCCUCUCCAGUAAGGAGAGGAUUUGGCUCGGAUGAGAGCGUAAUUUCCCGUCUCCACUCCGUUGCUGCUGCCGCCGCUGCUGCGCGUCCCUUGUCGCCCUGUACAGUACAAGAGGGAUGUAGAGACUAAACCCCGAACCCUGCAGCUGGGGUUCCCUGCACACCACCGAGGCGACAGUGCGCAGGAGAGAGAUAGAGAGCGAGAGAGGGAAGUAUGGAAGGAGGGAGGGAGGGAAGAGGAGAAGGUGAGAAACAGAGACGGGGAAGAGUCAGAAGCGCCAUCUCCCUGCUGUGGCUGAGCGUUUACGCGCGAUCCGAGAGCACAUCUCCAGCCUCUCCGGGACUAAUUCCACCAUGACAACUUCCAAACUCCCAAUUCUCACAGAAUCUGGCUUCCUUUACGGGCUGCAAUAAGAGAGGGAAGGUGCAACUUUUACUGGCGGAAAUCAUCCAUGUGAAGUUCCUUUGGUGCCAAUUACAAAGAGUCAGUGUCCAAGCCCCCCAGUCAAGUCCCCGGUGAACCUCUCGGCCAGCUCUCUGGGUCCACAGCGGCAGCAAUAAUCCCACUUCCCCUCUCCGAUAAAGGAGAAACAGGAAGUUGUACAGCAAAAAAAAAAAAAAUGCAGAAUUUGAGUCAUUUUCAACCCGUCUGCUCUUUUCAGGGUCCAAUUGCUGCUGCUUUCUUGUGAAACGCAGAGUCCGGACUGUUCGGAUAAAAGCCCAAGGGUUUUGACAUUUCAGUUCUUUUUAAUUUUUGCUCCUGUUCUUGCUUCAGUGCAUUUUGGAGGGGAGCCCAGACGAUGGGUUGGUGUUGCUCAGGCAUAUGCAGAGCCCUGGCUCUCCUGGUGCUCCUGUUUGUCUUGCGGGGGAGAGGCUGCUGCUGUUGGGGGCUGAGUCCCAGCUCUGGGGACGGGGAGAAGUCCCUGCGCUCUGAUCCGGACUCCUGGGAGGCCCUGCACAGGAACAAACGCAGCUGGGUAUGGAACCAGUUCUUCGUUUUGGAGGAGUACACAGGAAACGAGCCUCUUUACGUCGGCAAGCUGCACUCUGAUGUGGAUAAAGGAGACGGCAAGGUGAAGUAUGUGUUGUCUGGCGAGGGGGCCACCUCCAUCUUCACUAUCGACGAGAACACCGGAGACAUCCAUGCCACGAAGCGCCUCGAUCGGGAGGCCCAGGCUUACUACACCCUCCAAGCUCAAGCCAUUGACCGGAUAACCAACUUACCUGUAGAGCCAAGGUCCGAGUUUGUGGUCAAGGUGCAGGACAUCAACGACAAUGAGCCGAAGUUCCUGGAUGGGCCGUACCUGGCAGGGGUGCCAGAGAUGUCACCUUUAGGAACCAUGGUGGUGCAAGUGGCAGCCACAGAUGCAGAUGACCCGACUUACGGGAACAGUGCCAGGGUGGUCUACAGCAUCAUCCACGGGCAGCCGUACUUCUCGGUGGAGCCCAAGACAGGUGUCAUAAGGACAGCUUUACCCAACAUGGACCGGGAGACGAAAGACCAGUAUGUGCUGGUCAUUCAGGCCAAAGACAUGGUGGGCCAAAUGGGCGGCCUCUCCGGCACCACCUCUGUCACGGUCACUCUCACCGAUGUCAACGACAACCCACCUCGGUUCGCUCACAAAAGCUAUCAGUACACAGUGCUGGAGUCGCUACCAGUGCAAUCUGUGGUGGCCAGAAUCAAAGCGGCAGACGCUGAUAUCGGCUCCAACGCGGAAAUGGACUACAGGAUCAUGGACGGUGACGGGCCCGGGAUGUUCAAUAUAACAACAGACGAGGACACACAAGAGGGGGUUAUUAUCCUGCAAAAGCCUCUAGAUUUCGAGACGAGAAGCGGCUUCGCUCUAAGAAUCGAGGCCACAAACAGGAACAUUGACUCCAAUUUCUUGAGCCUCGGACCAUUUAGCGACAUAACUUCAGUGAAGGUUGCCGUGGCAGAUGUGAACGAGCCGCCCAUCUUUUCGACGCCGCUUUCCAAACUGAAUGUUUCUGAGGAUGCCAGAGUGGGCACCUCGAUCGGUCGAGUCUCUGCCCACGAUCCAGAUAACUCCAACAGCGGCAUCAGGUACUCCAUUGACAGGAACACCGACUUGGAGCGUUUUUUCAACGUUGACGCUUUGAGCGGGAUCAUCAGCACAGCCAAGUCUCUGGACCGAGAAGCCAACUCCGUCCACAAUCUCACCAUUUUAGCCAUCGAGAGCUUGGAUCCAAACCAGAUUGGGAAAGGCAUCACUCUGAUCACGGUGUUGGACGUAAAUGAUAACGCCCCGGUCUUUGCAAUAGACUACGAAACGCUCCUGUGUGAAAACUCAAUGCCAGGGCAGGUGAUUCAGACCAUCAGUGCGGUGGACAAGGAUGAACCUCUGGACGGACAUCGCUUUAAUUUCGCCCUGGAUGCAACCGUCGCCGGCAACCUGAAUUUCACCCUGCGAGAUAACAAAGACAACACUGCCUCCAUACUGACGAAACGAGGCGGCUUCAGGAGACGGGAGCAGGCCGUGUAUCGACUGCCCGUGUUGAUUACAGACAACGGAAAGCCCGCCCUCAGCAGCACCAACACGCUUUCGGUGCGCGUGUGUGACUGUGACUCGGACGGCGUGGCCCUGUCUUGUGGAGCCGUGGCCUACACGGCAACUGGCCUGAGCACCGGCGCCCUUCUGGCUAUUCUGGGCUGCAUCAUUACACUUCUGGUGAUGGUUCUGUUGAUUGUGACAAUGCGGCGCAGAAGGAAGCAGCCCUUGAUCCUGGAGGAGGAGAGGGACAUCAGGGAGAACAUCGUCCGCUACGACGACGAAGGAGGGGGAGAGGAAGACACGGAGGCCUUCGACAUGGUCACCCUGCGCAACCUCAACAUCAUCAGAGACCCCGCCGCACGGCGAGACGUCACGCCGGACACGCCCACCUUUUACCAGUACACCUCUGCUUCCCGCCCGUCCUACAAGUCGCUGCCCGACAACGUGGUGUUUCGAGAGUUCAUCUGGGAGCGGCUGAAGGACGCCGACGUGGACCCCACGGCUCCCCCGUACGACUCCCUGCAGACGUACGCCUUCGAGGGCAGCGGGUCUGUAGCCGAGUCGCUGAGCUCGCUCGAGUCACUAAGUACAGACUCGGACCAGAACUACGACUACCUCAGCAACUGGGGGCCGCGCUUUAAAAAGCUGGCCGACCUGUACGGCAACAGUGACAGCGUGUUCUCGUAGCCCCCAAAUGUCUCUCUUAGCAGUCCUGGAACUUUGAAACGUGCGAGUAAUAUAUUGUCAGAGCAAGUGGUUUUGUCCGCCUUGGUGCAGCCGAGGAAAAGAUUCAAAGACAACAUAAGUGAUUGAAGGAGAAACACUUUGACUUCAAAGGUUUUUUUGGUUUGUUUACCUCCUAGUAUGAGCUUUCAAAAGCGUGCCAUGGUGAGUUUUGACACUGACUUCAAAAGUGGCUUGACUGAGGAGGAAGCCUUGUGUGCAAAAGACAUUAAAGGUUUCACAUUUUGGGCCCGAGUCCAACCGCUGACUGCAAAAUGCAUUACAUGUGGAAGCUUUUUUUUUUUCCAGCGAGAAACCUGUCCUUUCAUUCCAGUGAUGGGCACAGUCCCAACACUCCGGCUUUGAUGCAUUCCUUUGCUAUCUCUGUGCUAAAAAACAAAAAGUUUCUCAUGAAAGGCUGUCCCCCUGGCAGCUAAUCAGUAGUCUCUGGACUGCUCAGAUGAAAUAUGAGAACAAUUUAUGUUUCUUAUUACCGUUUUUUUGCAGAAGACGGUUGAAAAUGGGCUGUAUUUUAUAAACCUUUACACCCAGAGCAACAUUAUUCAUGAACUCAGUCAUAAUUCUUAAAGUUACUAGCCAGACUUUUCUGUAAAAUCUGAUCAAACUCACUUUAGAUAUUGCCACCUGCAAUAUAAUUUUUUUUUUAUCAGGUCUUCUCUUUGUUUUGGUAUUUUGUCGUAAAUUCAUCCAUCCGUUGUCUACAUGCGUUAUCCCGGCAGGGUUGGGGGGGCUGGUGCCAUUUUAUGGCAAAUCCCAGUUGUAAAUCCUAGAAACACACAGUCUGUAAACAUGGCCACACUUCUGCUGAUGUCACAGGGGGCAGAGAUGAAUUAGUUGUAGGGUUUCAUGUCUGCUCUCUAGUUUUUGUAAAGCUUUGACCAACCGAUUGCAACCAAUUCCCAUUUCCUUUUAGGAAUUUCUGUAAGCAGCUAACAAAAUAUAACAGAUAUAUAAUAUAUCACAAAGUAGAUAUUUUUGUACCUGGAAAAAUUGGGUAAAAUAGGCAAAGGAGGGAAUGACCUGUACCUGCUGUUGUAGUUAGCACAACAAGUAAGGACAUCUUAGUUUGGCUCACUAUAUAUUUGCUUUUAUAUGAAAUAUAUAUUUAGAAAACUGCUUGUUUCUCCUUAAAUUGUGGCACAUUUGUGAGGAAAAUAGAUUUGUAGGUUAAGCAGCAGAGUUGAGUAUUUGGGCAACACCAUGAGACACCUGCCAAAUUCUGUCUCCUAAUCCCCAAAACGUUAUUGACUAUUGACUCCUGUUUGGUGUGGUUUAUUGGAUUUAAUGAUCCAAGUUUAAAGAAACAAGACACGUCGACAAUAUAGCAAUGUGUUUCUUUAGCGCAACAGAGGCUCAGUAAUGUAAAGGUGAUCCAUAGAAGACCACAUUAUUCUUCUGAUUACCUCCUUGGACACACACUUUUGUUGGAUGGCAUUGUAUUUUUCAACCAGCAUUGAAUCCAUCGGCCAAUUUGGUUCUGUUGGUCACUCUGGCAUGUACGACACACCUAAAGUGAUCCCGCAAGUGUUCAACGGGGUUGUGGCAAAGACUGUAGGCAGAGUUUGGCCCCUUAAGUCGGCCGUAUAUGAAAGUACUGCAUAAAUUCUGAGUGAUAUUCCAACAAACACCGAAGUUGUUGAAGAUGACCAGAAUUUCGCCCUCGAGGAAUUGCAGAUCAGUUCAUGCAAAGUUCUUGAACAAACAAACUGCUUAUUGUUUCACUUUAAGUUGGAACGGAAAGAAGAAAAUGUUUCCUGCCGGUAGCUGGACAGCUGCUGCAUCACCCACCACUACCACCAUCUACGGUUGCCAGGCACAUCCACUUUUGAUGAGCCAAAUCCUACCUGUUAGCUCUACUACACUUGCUCCUGCCAAACAUCCUUUGCCGCCAUCGUCUUUCCAGUUGCUCUGCAGCCAGAUGGAGUGAAGGUGUAUGGGGGAAUUUGUCCAUUCAGUAUUUUAUUGGUAUGUACCAGCAAACAAGCAUUCCCUGCCACUCCCACUACACUGCAGCCAAACACGUAUGACAUAGAAUUUAAAAGUGAUGAACAUGGAUGGGAGCCAGUCAGACGGAAAACAUCUGGAACAUACAGUGUCUUGUAAAAAAAAAAAAAAAAAGUACUCAAAAUCUUUGAACUCCCUUGAAUUUUGUUAAAAUUACAAAGAGUGUUUUUGAAUACUGGUUUUAGUUUAUAUGGGCGGUAGGGGACGGGAGCUUGGUGGAGGUAAAUACAGGACAAUCAUAGAGGAAAAUUGUUGGAAUCGGCAACAGACUUGAGAUUUAGGUUGACCUUCCGGCUGAGUGGUAGCCCUCAACAGAUAACCAGAACUACAGCUGAACAGCUUAGAUCAAAGCGUGUCUUUGAGUCAAAAUGACCCAGUCAACGUUCAAACCAAGAUGCACUAUGUUCCUUCUGACUGAGCUUCAGUUAUUUAGCAAAGAAAAAAAAGUGUGAGAUGUGCAAAGCUGGCAGAUACAUUUCCAAAAGGACUUCUACGCUGUAAUUGUAGCUAAAGGUGGUUCUCCAAAGUACUGAAUACAAAUUAUCAUCAUACUUUUCAGCAUAUUAUUUUGUAUAAAAAUUUCAAUGCCAACUACUCUUUUUUUAACAGUUAUUUUCUACGUUGUGAUAGUCUCCACUGAAGAGAAUCCAUUAAAGUCUGGGGUUGUACAUUGACAAGUUGUUAAGAAGUUCAAGCAGAAUGGUUACUUCUGCAAGACGCUGUACAUAUAAUUAAACCAGUUUAUUUUCAAAGGCCAAUCAACCAAUGUCCUCCUCAUCUGUACCAUCCACAGCAGUGCUGCUCAAGGCUGAACGGGUCACAGCUUGAACUGUUCUUCUGUCUGAUGUCAUUGUAUUGUAUUGUUGAGUUUAGUCCCACUGACAACAUCCAAAUUCAGUCUAUAUGCUUCAUUCCUGCUGGCUCAUGUGAUGUCAUCAGCUCAAAUACAGACACACUAGGACUAUUAAGAGGGUUUUUGUUUAAUGUCUGCUUAUUAGAAACUUUGUAUUCCACAGUAAUAUUCCAUACUUCAUGACUGCGCCUUCAGUGUUGUACAGUUUUUUCUGAAGAAAAAUACACCCCUGGCUAGUAUCUUUAACACUACGUGACACACAGACUCAUACCUAUAAUACAGUAUAACCAAGUACAGUAGUCGAUGUGCUAAGGAAGUUGUGUGAAU